AUGCCUGAAGGUGAAAGUGAUAUGUUCAAUGAUCAGGCAGUUAAGGAACUGAUUAAGAAAGUUAAAGAACUGGAGAAAGAGAAAGGAAAAGCUGAGGAGGAACGUGAUAUGCUGAGAAGUAAGAUUGAUGAUUUGAUGGAAGCUCACAAUAAAAUAGUUGCAGCAUUGGUUGAAAAGGAGAACAGAAUGAACCAAAUGAAAGAUGAUGUCGAGGGUAAUUCUAAAGUGUUUGAUUCGUUAACACAUGAGAUAGCUUCCUUGAAUGCCAAGAUAAAGGAUCUGCAGAAUGUAAACCAAACCUUAAAUCAGCUUUUCAACGAGAUGAGUGAAGCUUCUUCUAAUGAGAUGAAAGCAAUGAAGUUAGAAAUGGAGGCAAUGAAAGCUGAUAAAGUUAUGAAAGAUCAACAACUCCAGAUGCUGGUUGCUGUGGUUGAAACUCAUUUGAAGUUGAACAUUCAUGCUGCCUUUGAUGAAAUUGAUGUGAUAAGGGCAAAUGAAAGAAGAUUGGAACGUGAACGUCAAAUGGCUGAAGAGGCAAACCUAAAGAAUAAAGGAAUAGCUGAAGGGAUUGAAGUUGUUGAUGCAUCUUCAAGUCAACCAGAUGUGAUAGGUUCUUUUUCACAACCAGAUGUUGAUAUGGUUGAAGUACAAGAACAAGAAGUUGUUGAAGAUGAUUUGAUUGGAGUAGUUGAAAAUGAUCAAGAGAUGGUUGAAGCUGAAGCUGAAGAGCCUCAUGAACCAGUAUACUUGAUUGUUGGUGAACCUGUUGAGCCUAUCAUUGCUGAAAAUGUUCUUCGAAGAGUUGAGAUUAUUCAAAGAAGAAGAAGAGCAAGGGAAGUUCUACUGCUGGAGUAUACAACUGACAAGUUUCUGUUAGUUGGCAAUGCUUACUCUGUGCCAUAUAGUGGAAAAGAAGUUGCAAAACUAACAAGAUUCUUCGAUCUAAAAAGAAAAGGAAGGAUAGCUCGUGGAGAAAUUGUAGAUGAAGAAUCAGAUAUAGAAAUGUUUGGUGAUGAAUAUGAAGAAGAUGAAGAGGAGGAUAAUGACAAGAAAGAUGAUAAAGCUGAUGAUAAGUCUGACAAAGAUGACAAAGAUGAUGACGACAAUGAUCAGGGUGCUUCUGGUUUGUUAAUUAAUGAUCCUGCUGUUCAAGAUAAGGUGAAUGAGUUAAUGAAUAAUGAAGUCAAUGAGCAGGAGGAUGAAGUAGAGUUUGAAGCAUCAUCAUCUGGAAAACAACAUGUUGAUCAGGUACUUCUUUCUAAUCCUACUGUCAUAUACUUAUCUGGUAACCAACACGGAGAGGUAGAGGUUAGAAGAACUCUGGCUGAAAUGCUAGAGGAACUGGGCUUGGAAGAUGGAAAAUUCAAAUUCGAUAUUGAAGAUGAAAUUCCUCAGUCACCUGCAAAAGAUUUUGAGCCCAGAUAUCCUCAUGAAGAUGAUCAUUAUGAUGAGGUAAUUAUUGAAAGUGCAUCUAAUUCGGAGGAAGAGAGAGUAGAUUUUCAUUAUGAAGGGGAAGAUGCUGCAUUCCCUACGUUUACUGAAAUGUUUCAAGAUAAGAAUGAUGAUUAG